AUGAUUAGAACUGUUUUGCAUUAUGUCAUCACAAUCUGGACUAGCUGUGACAAGGAGAAUCUAAAUCGUGUUUUAAAGUCACAGAAAAGAGCAGCAACUUUGGGGUAAUUUCCGACGCUGAAUUACAGAUUGUCAUUUCGCAAACUACAAAUUUCCAUUUCUCAAACUACAGAUUUUCAUUUCGCAAACUACAGAUUUCCAUUUCGCAAACUACAGAUUUUCAUUUCGGUUCGUUCCAUUUCGUUUCGUUUCGUUUCGCUCCAUUUCGUUUCGCAAACUACAGUAAGCCCUAUUCAAUUAAUAGACUCCAGUGGCUUUCUUUUUAUGAAGAAUCCAAAAUAGCCAAAUGCUGCGUAGGGUACAAACGUAUCAAGGGUGCAGUACCCUUAUUUAUAAAAUAA